GAGAGAAUAUACAGACCUCUGGAGGAGGAGGAGGAGGAGGAGGAGGGAAAUGAGGGGAUCGGACUGCGAGCUGCGGACUGCGAGCGGCUCCGUCAUUGAAGUUCCAUGUUUGUUACAUUGUUACAUUAGUUACUGGAACUGAAGCGAGUGCAGAAACACACACCGCUCGGACCCCUCACUUUGAUGCCCCUCCGCCGGCCGCCCUCUGCUCGGGGUUCGUCCUGGAAGCCAUGCCGUCCCACAGCGCCCUGGAUUACAGCGGCCGAGGCGCGGCCCCUCCGGUGCCCCCGCAUCGUGCCGGCGCAGCGCGUCCCCGCGACGUGCGCGAGCGCCCGCUGAAGUGCGUGCUGCUGGGGGACGGUGCGGUGGGCAAGACGAGCCUGGUGGUGAGUUACACCACGAACGGGUACCCGACCAAGUACGUGCCCACCGCCUUCGACCACUUCUCGGCCAUGGUGCAGGUGGACGGGAAGCCCGUGAGGCUGCAGCUCUGCGACACCGCCGGACAGGAUGAGUUUGACAAAUUGCGCCACUUCUGCUACCCUCGCACCGACGCCCUGCUGCUGUGCUUCAGCGUGGUGAGCCCCGCCUCCUUCCAGAACGUUUGGGAGAAGUGGCUGCCAGAGAUCCGACGCCGCUGUCCCCAGGUGCCCGUGCUGCUGGUGGGCACCCAGUGCGACCUGCGAGAGGACGUCAAGGUCCUCAUCGAGCUGGCGCGCCGCCGAGAGCGUCCCGUGCCCGAGGCCGACGCCCGCGCCCUGGCCGACAAGGCCGGCGCCGUCGCCUACAUCGAGUGCUCGGCCCUCACGCAGAAGAACCUGAAGGAGGUGUUCGAUGCCGCCAUCGCCAUCGGCCUGCGCCACGCCGAGAGACGGGCCCGACGAGAUUGCAAGGUGAGGAGCACGGCCGACAAGAUGAAGACCCUCUCCAAGUCCUGGUGGAAGAAGUACGUUUGCAUACAGUGACGCAGCGGCUCCGCGAAGGAGGGCCGAGGACUCGACGCGGAAAAGCGCGGAUUCUCACCAGUUGGACCGAAAUAGUCUUCAACCCGUCCGAUUCCUCUGAGCACCAAAGGGUGCUCUGGGUUCUUCUCUAGACAGCUGCUCAAACCAUGGGGCUCGACAGCGGAUCCUCUAGACGGAAGAGGUCGCGAUGUGAAUUGGGGCCAGGGGACCUUCACAGUCCAAUCACUGGUCUACGUUCUGACAGGGAUCAGGGAGCGAGGGACUGAACCGGACCGCAAUCCUUUGGACUUCCUCCGUGGGACGUUCUCGAGAGUGCCGUCACGUCCAAUAAUCGUCCCGCUGUGAUGCUAAGUUGCGUCGCUUCGCAGGGAACGGUUUCUCCUCUGCUGUGAGCAAUGAACAGGUUUCCAGAUGGAGCGGUAGGGCAGGUUCUGAGUCGCGUGUUUCGUACAGCGUGUCCUGUCUUACCAGGGUUGUCCACUCCUCAGUCUCAUACUUGUCUCCCAUCACGUACUGUAUUUAUUGCCCCUCGUUCUUUUUUCCCCCCCCUUUGAGCUUUUCUCAGUCGUGAAAGCAAACGCCUACGGAAGUUCUCGUUUUCGUCAUUUGAACGACGCGGAUGCGAUUCGUUCCGUGUGAAACGGAACCGCGGCGUGUGCAGCGGUAACCAGUUAAUCCAGGGCCCCACCAAAGUGAUCUGGUCUCAGUUACAGCCUUGCAGGGGGGCGAUUGCGCUGCAUUUGCGGAAACGUUCGUUUUUGCAGCUGCGCCCUCGCGCGCGAAACCGCGCCGUCGGAUUACGGGGUGUCGCGCCUCGACCCCACUGGUGCACGUAGCCUCAGCUGUCAAUAGAGACGCAAACAAUAAGACACAGACGCACAUGCACACGUGUUGGAGGUACUUUAGGGCAGUGCUCAGUUUACACUGCAUCAACACAAGGGCCUGCCUUGGCAGUAUUAACAGCUGAAGUCCCCAAAACCUUACACGCUGUUUCAGUUUCAGGCUCAAGCGCAGGGUCUUUAAUUUUGUGACCCGAGGGUUUUGUGCUGCCAAAUGGAAUAACCACAUGACCGACUUGCGGCGAUUAUGCUGGUUUAAUCUAAAACGCAGAUCUCGCUCUUGGAACGUGGACCGGCGUCCGGGCCCUAGGAGGACGAAAGCAGCCCCGCCGCUCCGGCAGUUUUAUAAAGGUUAACUGUUUCGCAGCCCGAGCCCAUGACAUUGUAUGAGACAAUGGGCUUCUGUUAAACCAACACUCCACAAUGGUGUAAAUGUUUACCAUGUUUGAAAUUCAGCUCAAGAUAAACUUUACUUAACCCACAGUGGUCCUGAUAACGACCUCAACUGCUUCAUAGGUGACAAUGAAACAGUGAUUUCAUCAAGCUUUAUAAAUAGACGGGCCCCGUGGAUUCAUAUUUGAGAUCACUAGUCUGGGAUGGUAUAGAUAUUUCCUUGAUUCGGGUUAAACUCACCGAAAAGAUGAUGGUCUUCAAUAUGGAUUCAACUCACGGGUGCUGAAUUCAGUACUUCCAUAAUGCCUUAUAUUAGUUCAUGAUCAGCUGGAACUGUAACAAGUCUUUUUUCUGGUGGUUUCAUGUUCUGAUAUUGAAUGUUUUAGCCUCCGAAAAAAAAAAAAAAAAAA